AGUCCAUGGAAAGAACACGUAGAUCUCAACGUGUCGACGGAUUAGCCUCGAAGUCUCAACUGGGAGGUUGGUCAUCUUGAAUACGCCAAAGAUGUCUGGUGCCGAACAGCUUGAGCGGCUUCGGUCGAUCCUGAGUUCCGACGAGACCGUACCGCGAGGUUCAGACUUAUACAGGGCAGAGUCACUACCAUGGGCAGCCCAGAAAGACUUGAACCCUUCCAUGGUCAUUCGCCCCAAGAGUAUCGAAUCAUUGAGCAAGGCUUUGGCGCAUCUUUCGAAAACAGACCUGAGCCUUGGCAUCCGAAGUCAGGGUGUUGGCUCGGCUUCGGCGAAGGAUGUUUUAAUAAGCAUGACGGCAUUUGAUGAUGUCGACUUUGACCGGCAAAAUGAAAUUGUGACGGUAGGAGCAGGACAGAGCUGGGGCCAGUACUAUGAGAAGAUGGAUAAGAUUGCUCCUGGCUAUGCAACCAUAUCUGUUCGUACCCCCAGCGUCGGCGUGGGCGGAAGCAUCUUGGGCGGUGGAUAUUCCUGGCUCUCCUCAGAAUAUGGAUUGACAUCAGAUCCGGUCAAUCUGCUUGACGCCCAGGUUGUCAAAGUUGAUGGGACUAUCCUUUGGGCGUCCGAAGAACCAGAUCUGCUCUGGGCACUCAGAGGGACGAAUGGUGCAUUCGCGGUCGUCACUCGAUUCAAGCUUCGAGCUCGCAAGUAUGAGCCUCGGAUCUGGGGCGGAUAUAUCUUCAUCCCGAAGACCGAACUGAGGGCUGUCGUCCAAGGCAUUGCCGCGAUGGAUGCAAGGCCUCCAAAUCCCAAGGUAGCCCUUGGCCUCUUUGUGAUGAGGAAAGAGCAGUUGAUACAUAUAGGCGCCAAAGAAGACAUGUUAAUGAUCCUUGCGUUCGAUGCGCUUGGUGAGACACACGGGAGAGGUGACGAUGGAUUUGGGUGGGCGCUGGAUUGUCCGGGAGCAGUUGACACAACCAAGAUAAUUGACUUGUCAGGUAUGGCUAAAUUGCAAGAAAAUGUUGGCAAGGCCAAGGGUAUCGCCAAUGUUUGGUGGGCUCCAAUGGCGUUAUGCAGGAUCGACGAGGCAACACUUCUUCGAGCAUUUGACUGGUAUGAUAACGCUGCUGCUUCACCAGGAUCAGUAGGAAAGCGAGCGUCGUUAUUCUUUGAGAUCUUCACCACGCGAGACUCUCUGACAUCCAACACCGAUUCUGCGUGGCCACGCCCUCAGGGCUUUCAACACAAGAUAACAAUCGGCGCAGGGACGGACAUCGGGGCUUCCACAGAGGAAACUGAGAUGGCGAAGGAGUUGGUCAAAGAUGGUCCAGGGAAGAUAGUGAACGCACCAAGGCCGAUUCUCAUCGUACCGAAUGCAAUGGAAGAUUUCCACGACCCUAUCACCCAGGUAUACCGCGAGCACUAUCCAAGGCUCCAAGCGUUGAAGAAAAGAUAUGAUCCUGACAACAGACUUGGAGGGCCUGUCAGAUUGGUGUAAGCCCUCGAGGAAUGAGACUUAUCUCAAGGAGCAUUUGGCAUCAAGCAGAGGUCUCCGAAUUCGCGCGAUUCAUCGCGAGGCUUCUCGCCUCUCGUUCUCGCCCGAAUCUCUCGGACCAAUGGCUCUCCUGCCGCGCAAAACUUUCGAGGGACGAUGGUUGCCCAGGUAGUUCGGUGUCUUCGCGCGAGGGUGCAAUCAGAUGUUCUCUAUCGUGGGCUGAGACACACCAAUCAAUGUAACCAUGUCAUGGUAGGCAAUUCGAACCGGUUCU